GUCUGAUCGCUCUCGGCAGAGUUAAACCCCGGCAAUUCGGCGCAGUGGUUAAAUCUCCAGGGGGCAACUUAGAGGGUAAUUUGCUCUCCGCCGAGCGUCCCGUCAUCGGCACAACGAAUAGCAAUGUCCACCUCUUACAACCUGCCCGAUCGGGUGAAUGUGGAUCCCUAGACCGUAGAUGAUCUUGCCGGAUCUUCAGACCUCCCGGAGCCUGUAUCAACUGCAAUAUCUGUUCAGGGAGCAGCGGCGUUGAUCUUACUGUCAGCCUUAACCGGAGCGUCUGACUCGGGAGUCUAUUCCCGCGACCAUUAAUUGCAAACGGUGGCACCCGCCAGGUCGGGGCAGCUGAGCCCCCGGGAAUAACCGCUGCCGGCCUCCCGCGGGAAGCUGUCGCCGAUAUGCUGUGAGGGUCAUGGUGGAACUGGAGGCUCAGAAAGGGCAGAGGUGAACAUCGGUCAUAAGGACCGGGAAGAAUGGAUGCGGGGGUCAGUGAAAGAGUGGGCACGUAUUUUGGGGAUUAUUACAACAACGAGACGGUGAGUUUGCAUUAUAACUAUACCGGGAAGCUAACCCCGGGCAGAUACAAGGCAGGUCUGAGGUUGCACGCUGUCAUAUCUUUGAUCGUUUGCAUGUUUAUAAUAGUGGAGAAUCUGAUGGUCCUCAUAGCCAUCCGGAAGAACAGUAAGUUCCACACGCCAAUGUUUUACUUGCUGGCCAACCUGACUCUGUCAGACCUGUUGGCAGGAGUAACCUACGUGGUCAACAUUCUGCUGUCCGGUGCCAACACCCUGAAACUGACACCGCUCCUGUGGUUCUUGAGAGAAGGUGGCGUUUUCAUCACCCUCACGGCGUCGGUCUUCAGCCUGCUGGCCAUCGCGGUGGAGAGGCACGUCACGAUGGUCAGGAUGCAGCUGUACAACGCCGACAAGAAGUGGCGGACGCGGCUGUUUGUGGGGGCGGACUGGAUCUUUUCGGUGUUCCUCGGGAGCCUCCCGAUCCUGGGCUGGAACUGCAUUGGAAACCUGCCCUUUUGCUCGACAAUACUGCCGCUGUACUCGAAGUACUACAUCCUGGUGUGCAUUCUCAUCUUUAUCGCCGUCCUGUUUUCCAUAGUGAUACUCUACAUUCGAAUUUACCUUAAAGUCAAGAGUAACAGCCUCGACAUGGCCACUUUGAGAAGUGGGGAAUCCAGGAAGAGCAAGAAGUCCCGGGCAUUGCUGAAGACCCUGACCAUCGUGGUGGCCUCUUUCAUUGUCUGCUGGUUGCCGAUAUUCAUUGUGCUGCUACUGGACGUUUCCCUCACAGUGAGAAGCUCUUCCAUUUCUAGUGUGGCCGAUUAUUUCCUGGGACUGGCCAUGCUCAAUUCAGCCUUGAAUCCUGUAAUUUACACCCUAACCAACAGGGACAUGCGCCACACCAUCGUGCGCCUGGUGUGCCUGACCAAAGUCGACGAGCAGCCUCGCUGUUGCGGCGCUGUGAUAACCGAGUUCAGCAGCACCCAAGGCGACCGGUCCUCGCUGCACAGACACGAACUUCUGCACACCACCCUGUCCUCCGGGAACGGACCGCAGUCUCCCACGAGGAUCUCGCUGGCCUCGCGGUGACCGUGGGCUCCUCCUCCUGCACCGCUAGGGAACCGACCUCCGAGCAAAAUGCAAAAUUGCACUUAUUACAAUGAACCGAAUGGACGAUGUUAAAAAAACGCAUGAAGGAGCAUUUCUCGUUUGAAAUAUCUCGAAACGUUUCUUAAGUUUUAAGGUAUGAUGCAGGGGUUCCCAACCUGGGGUCCACGGACUCCUCUGAUAACGGUAAGCGUCCAUUUCACAAAGGGGUGGGCGGCACGGUAGCGUAGAGGUCAGCACAAGGCUUUACAGAACCCGCCGCUGCCUGCAGGGAGUUUGUACCUUCUCCCCGCCACCACAUGGUUUUAUUCCAACAGGCCAGGUAGGUUAAUUGGUCAUUGUAAAUUGUCCCCGGAUUAGACUAGGAAUAAAUUUGGGGACUGCCGGGCGGCGCGGCUCAAAGGGUCAGAUGAGUCUAUUCCACGCUGUGUCUCAUUAAAUAAAUGAACAUCGUUGUGAACCACUGGUCAAGGGAUGAAUAAUCUCACUGUUUAACCAGUAUAUACAGUAAAUGACUUGGAUGAAAGCAGGAAAGAUACGGUUUCCAGAUAGAAGUGAGUAAGUAAUGCGUAUAACAUUUCUGUACACAUAAUUAGUAAGAUGUGAGUUGCUGAUGUGACAGUGUAGGAAAGUAACUUGAGAAGGCUACCAGAAGACUUAAAAACCUUAAGUGAGCGAUAAAGAUCUAGCCAGAGGACUAUAUUGUGGGGUGAAAAACCUGGAAUUGUGAAAAAUGUAUUUUCUAAAAAGUGAGUGGGUAAAAUUGCAGAGGGAACUUGGUGUCCUUUCUGUAGGAUUUCCAAAAGGCCAGCAGUAGGUACUGCAAGUAAUUUAUAUAGAAUUUAUAGUUUAUUAUUGGGAGAAUUGGAUGCAAAAGUUGUUUCAUUUAUGUAUUUAUUUUUGAGGAGAUAACAUAUACAGUAUAUUAGUAAGGCUCUCCAUAUCUAAUCAAGGAACUUGAUAUUUUGUAAUCAGUUUAGAGAAAGUUUACUAGACCAAUACCUGAAACAAGCAGUUUGGUAUCCUGUCAGGAAAGGUUCAACAAGUUAAACUUCUAAAGCUGAGCAUGGACAAAAAUGCAAUGGUGAGGCUAUAAUUGGAUAAGUUAUGAUAUUAAAUGGUGGAGUACACUUGAGAGGCCAAGUUGUCUGUUAAUGUUCCCAAUUUAUAUGUUCACAUGUCAAAGUACAGUCAGAUUUGUUUAAAGAUCACAUCAGCACAAAGGCUGGCAAUGUACCUAUAACAACACAGACUGCAAAUGGGUCUGUGAAUUGGAAGUGUCGGCUUGACACAGUGAUAGAGCUAGUUAUUUUAGAUUCAACAGGAAGCUCUGCAAUUCAGUCCAGUUUUGCAAUGGAUAAGUUUCUCAAUGACUAUCGUAAGUGCCAAAUGCUUAUACUGAAUAGCUUUUCUCCCCUCCAUCCUCCAACAUGCCAAGGUUUGGGUUCAAUUUGGACACAAUACAUGACACUCUGGGAGACAAACUUCUCUUCGCAGCAUCAUGAACUGCGUAAUAAGUAACCCAAACCUUGGCUUGCCCAUAAAAGACCAGGGCAUAUAUUUUUCAACCUCAGCUCCAUGGAAUAGGUGAAUUUGCAGCAGGAGUUCUUGGAUGGCAAUCAAACUGCCCAUGUUUCCCAGUGGCAAACUGUCGUCUCCAACCCCUGCAACCUGCAUGCUCCUAUCUCCUUUGUUUUUCUUGGCUCUCCAGCAACUGAUUAAAUAUUUCCUAUGAGAUGGAGGCACACUGAGCCAAUACUAAUGUUGUUCUAGGACCGAGCAAUUCACUUUCUUGCACUAAGACCUUUGCUGUAAAGAGGUGACAGUCUGAGUGAUGUAUUGUUGCAGAGUCAAUGACUGCUGGAAGUGUUACAUAGCAUAUGAGGUUACCUGUCUGUUGUCUGAAUGGCAGCACUUUAAUUUCCUGAUCAUUCCUCAUGACAAUUAUGAGAUGAACGAGUAGGGCUGACUGAUUCAUUCAUAUCACUCUUUAUGUGCAGAAGAUUCUAUUGAAUUGCAGCUUCUCAUUCCAGCGUGGAAUUGAUUACAGCUUUCAAAUAAAAAGCUGCUUUGGCUCCAGCUGUGACACUGCCAAGGGAGGACUAUGAAAUACCUAAAUAUUUCUGUUUAAAAAAUAUUAUUAGAACCAUUAUUUCAACUGUGAUUAUUACAGAUAUGAAUAAUUUAAAUGGUUUGUGAAUAAAGUUUUAUUGAUCAACUGAA